UUCUCCUUCUUCCUCUCUUCCCUCCUCACCCUCACCGCUUUACCAACAAAGCACAUCUACUCUACCUUCACUGUCUGCACAACGCCGGCAGCUCUUGAUUCAUUCCCACACAUAUCGGAAAGACGCCAUCAAAAUGGUGCAAUCAUCUGUCCUCGGUUUCCCGCGUAUGGGACGUCUUCGUGACCUCAAGAAGGCCAACGAGGCGUACUGGGCGGACAAGCUCUCUCGUGAUGAGCUCCUCGCCGAAGGAAAGAGACUGAGAUUGGAGCACUGGAAGAUCCAAAAGGACGCCGGUGUGGAUAUCAUCCCAUCCAACGACUUUGCCUACUACGACCAUGUCCUCGACCACAUCCAGAUGUUCGGUGCUGUGCCUGAGCGAUACAGCAGCGCUAAGCUGCACAAGCUCGACGAGUACUUCGCCAUGGGCCGUGGUCACCAGAAGGACAACGUCGAUGUGCCUUCGCUGGAAAUGGUCAAGUGGUUCGACUCAAACUACCACUACGUCAAGCCCACUCUGCAAGACAACCAGACUUUCACUCUCUCCGAGAACCCCAAGCCAGUCGUUGAGUUCCUCGAGGCCAAGGAGGCAGGCAUCAAUACUCGCCCUGUCAUUCUCGGCCCCGUCUCCUUCCUCGCUCUCGGAAAGGCUGACCGUGGCUCUUCCGUCGACCCAAUCACCCUCCUCGACAAGCUUCUCCCAGUCUACGAGCAGCUCCUUACCCAGCUGAAGGAAGCUGGUGCCGAGACUGUUCAGAUCGAUGAGCCAGUCCUCGUCUUCGAUCUCCCAUCCAAGACCCGCAGCGCCUUCAAGCCAGCCUACGAGAAGCUCACUGCUCUUCAGGGCAGCAAGGGCCCACAGCUCGUCCUCGCCACCUACUUCGGCGAUGUUGUGCACAACUUCGAAGUCAUUGACUCCGCUCUGACCGGCACCUACGCCUUCCACGUCGACCUCGUCCGCCACCCAGAACAGCUCAGUAAGGUCAUUGAGCAUCUCGGACCAAAGCAGAUCUUGUCUGCUGGUGUCGUUGAUGGCCGUAACAUUUGGAAGACCAACUUCAAGAAGGCCAUUGAGGUUGUCGAGACCGCUGUACAAAAGCUCGGCAAGGAGCGUGUCAUUGUUGCCACCUCCAGCUCGCUUCUCCACACCCCACACACUCUUGCUAGCGAGAAGAACCUCGACGAGGAGGUCCGCGCUUGGUUCUCCUUUGCCAGCGAGAAGGCUGUCGAGGUUGCCAUCAUCGCCAAGGCUGUCACCAACGGCCCCGAGUCCGUCAAGGCUGAACUCGAGGCUAAUGCCAAGGACGCUCAAUCCCGAGCUACUUCGAAGCGCACCAACAACCCAGAGGUUAAGAAGCGGGUCGAGGCUGUCAAGAAGGAGGAUUAUGAGCGCAAGUCUGGCUUUGAUGCCCGUUACGCCGCACAGAAGAAGCACCUGCAGCUUCCUAUGUUCCCCACCACUACCAUUGGCUCAUUCCCUCAGACCAAGGACAUCCGUAUCCAGCGCAACAAGUUCACCAAGGGUGAGAUCACUGCCGAGGAGUACGAGAAGUUCAUCGAGAAGGAGAUUCAAGAAUGCGUCAACAUCCAGGAAGAGCUGGGUCUUGACGUCUUUGUCCACGGCGAGCCAGAGCGCAACGACAUGGUGCAGUACUUCGGCGAGCGCCUCGAUGGAUAUGUCUUCACCACACACGCCUGGGUCCAAUCCUACGGUUCUCGAUGUGUCCGCCCACCGAUUCUUGUCGGUGAUGUCUCCCGCCCGGCACCAAUGACCGUCAAGGAGAGCAAGUACGCCGCCAGCAUCAGCAAAAAGCCAAUGAAGGGUAUGCUUACUGGCCCCAUCACUUGCCUACGAUGGUCAUUCCCACGUGACGAUGUCCACCAGUCUGUCCAGGCUCAGCAGCUUGCACUCGCUCUUCGUGAUGAGGUUGUUGACCUCGAGGCUGCCGGUGUGUACGUCAUUCAGGUCGAUGAGCCAGCUCUCCGUGAGGGUCUGCCUCUCCGAUCGGGCUCGGAGCGCGAGAAGUACCUUGAGUGGGCUGUCAACAGCUUCAAGCUUUCCACUGCAGGUGUUGAGGACUCCACGCAGAUCCACUCUCACUUCUGCUACUCCGAGUUCCAGGACUUCUUCCACGCAAUAGCCGCUCUCGAUGCUGACGUCCUGUCCAUCGAGAACAGCAAGUCUGACGCCAAGCUCCUCAAGGUGUUCAUCGACGAGGCAUACCCCCGUCACAUCGGACCGGGUGUGUACGAUAUCCACAGCCCACGUGUUCCAAGUGAGCAGGAGAUCAAGGACCGCAUCCAGGAGAUGCUUCAGUACCUCAAGCCAGACCAGCUCUGGAUCAACCCUGACUGUGGUCUCAAGACCCGUCAAUGGAAGGAGACCAAGGCUGCUCUUGUCAACAUGGUCAACGCUGCCAAGUACUUCCGUGAGCAGCACAGCAAGUAAGCGCGUUGCUGCGCCCUUGCAUGAUUUUGCUAUCCCGCAUGGUGUUCCUGGCGCAAACAAAAUGGGAGCGAAUGGGAUGGUUUUUUGCCGGUCUUAGCGCCGGUGUAGCGCUCAACAGCUACGAUUCAACAAGUGAUACCCAAUUUUACUCAACGUCUUUAUCAGCGAGGAGUUUCAACAGAGGAUGGUCUGUUGUUAUGAUGGAACGAGAAAAGUUACGGCCCGUGGACCUCAACGCUCCUGGGAGAGGAUGGCAUGAUGGGAGGGCAUCAUGCGAUCAGUGACUUCACAGAAGAAGGUGCUAGGCUCAUAGAAGAACAGGUAGUCGCUACCAAAAUUGUACUAUUGAUGAGGUCACUGCUUUUCUGGUGAGAGCCUUCAGGUUUUCACCUACACUGACC